CCGCAGUUGCUCUUUCCUCUCCACACGCUUGUCUCCGUGCCAGCACCUCUGGGAUGGCCUCGCAGAACCGCGACCCAGCUGCAGCCAGCGUUGCCGCCGUUCGAAAAGGAGCAGAACCCUGCGGGGGCGCCGCCCGGGGCCCUGUGGGCAAGAGGCUACAGCAGGAGCUGAUGACCCUCAUGAUGUCUGGUGACAAAGGAAUUUCCGCCUUCCCCGAAUCAGACAACCUGUUCAAAUGGGUAGGAACCAUCCAUGGAGCCGCCGGCACUGUAUAUGAAGACCUGAGGUAUAAACUCUCCCUAGAGUUCCCCAGUGGCUACCCUUACAACGCACCCACAGUGAAGUUCCUCACACCGUGCUACCACCCCAACGUGGACACCCAGGGCAACAUCUGCCUGGACAUCCUCAAGGACAAGUGGUCUGCACUGUAUGAUGUCAGGACCAUCUUGCUCUCCAUCCAGAGCCUGCUAGGAGAACCCAACAUCGAGAGCCCUUUGAACACACAUGCUGCAGAGCUCUGGAAAAACCCCACAGCAUUUAAGAAGUACCUGCAAGAAACAUAUUCAAAGCAGGUCUCCAACCAAGAGCCCUGACGCCAGCUCUCCAGCUUUCUCUUGUGUCGUCUCUUUUCUUAGAUGUCUGUCCUUUCUCCGUGGUUUCUGAGCUGUGCUGUUUUGUUUUAUUUGUUUUUUUAAAUUAAGUCUGCUUGAACCCAUACAAUGUAUAUUAAAUAAAUGCACGUUGAUUGUUUUUGUAUAAAUUG